GAGGAACAGGAGGAGGAGGAGGUCGUCCUGAAGGACACUGUCUCCAGCAGCUGUGAUGUCAUCCUGGAGAAGCUUCUAGAGGAACAUAAGAUCAGUCUGAGGAAGAGAUGUGAACAUGUGACUGAAGGAAGUGAUGAAACAGGAAGUAGAACCCUCCUCAACAGGAUCUACACUGAUCUCUACAUCACCGAGGGACAGAGCGAAGAGGUUAAUACCCAACAUGAGGUGAAGCAGCUGGAGAGAGCUUCCAAGAUCCAGAACCUCCAUGGUUCUCCAAUCAGGUGCCAGGACAUCUUCAAAGCCUUUCCUGACCAACAUGGAGCCAUCAGAGUGGUUCUGACCAACGGCGUCGCUGGUGUUGGAAAAACCUUCUCAGUGCAGAAGUUCACUCUGGACUGGGCAGAGGGCUUGGAGAACCAAGAUGUCAGGGUGGUGGUUCUGCUUUCCUUCAGGGAGCUGAACCUGAUCAGAGAUCAGCAGCACAGUCUUCUCACGCUGCUCCAUGUUUUCCAUCCAACCCUCCAGAAGCUCCCAGCAGAGAAGCUGGCUGUCUGGAAGCUUCUCUUCAUCUUUGACGGCCUGGAUGAAAGCAGACUUUCUCUGGACUUCAACAACAGUCUGCGUGUUUCUGACGUCACACAGAAGUCAUCAGUCAAAGUUCUGCUGAUGAACCUCAUCAAGGGGAACCUGCUUCCCUCGGCUCUGGUCUGGAUAACUUCCAGACCUGCAGCAGCCAAUCAGAUCCCUCCUUCCUGUGUUUCCAGGGUAACAGAAGUACGAGGCUUCACUGAUGCCCAGAAGGAGGAGUACUUCAGGAGGAGGUUCAGUGAUGAAGAGGAGAAGGCCAGCAGGAUCAUCUCCCACAUCAGGACCUCCAAGAGCCUCCACAUCAUGUGUGGGAUCCCAGUGUUCUGCUGGAUCACUGCUACGGUUCUGGAGAACCUGUUGACCACAGAGCAGAGAGGAGAGCUGCCCAAGACCAUGACUGACAUGUACUCACACUUCCUGCUGGUCCAGACCAGGAAGAAGAAGAACAAGUACCAUGAAGGACAUGAGACGAGUCCACAGGAGCUGAUGGAGGCUGACAGGGAAGUUCUCCUGAAGCUGGGGAGGCUGGCGUUCGAACAUCUGGAGAAAGGAAACAUCAUGUUCUACCAAGAAGACCUGGAGCAGUGUGGUCUGGAUGUCACAGAGGCCUCAGUGUUCUCAGGAGUUUGUACAGAAAUCUUCAAAAGAGAGAACGUGAUCUUCCAGAAACCAGUCUACUGCUUUGUUCAUCUGAGUGUCCAGGAGUUUCUGGCUGCGGUCUACAUGCUCCACUGCUUCACCAGCGGGAACACAGAGGUGGUGGGAAACUUCCUGGGAGUUGAGGAGGAUGAUGAGUAUGGUGAUGAAGAAGACAGUGACUCUGAUAUCUGGGAAGGUCGGUUCACCUCACUGCCUGAUCUUUUGCAGAUGAUCAUAAAAAAGUCCUGGACAAGUCCAAAUGGCCACCUGGACCUGUUUGCUCGCUUCCUUCAUGGCCUCUCUAUGGAGUCCAACCAGAGACUCUUAGGAGGCCUCUUGGGUCAGACAGAAAACAACCCAGGAACCAUCCAGAAGAUCACCAAUAAUCUGAAAGAGAUGGAGGCUAAGUUUGUUUCUCCUGACAGAAGCAUCAACAUCUUCCACUGUCUGAUGGAGAUGAAGGACCUCUCAGUUUAUCAGGAGAUCCAACAGUUCAUGGAAUCAGAGAAUAGAUCAGAGAAGAAGCUCUCAGAGAUCCAGUGCUCCGCUCUGGCCUACAUGCUGCAGAUGUCAGAAGUUCUGGAUGAGUUGGACCUGGAGAAGUACAACACCUCAUGGAUGGGUCGACUGAGGCUGAUUCCAGCUGUGAGGAACUGCAGAAAGGCUCGACUCCAUGAAUGUUGGCUCUCAAAGACGCACUAUGAUGUCAUUGCCACAGCGCUGAAGUCCCGCCCUUCUCACCUGAGGCUUCUGGACCUGACAGGAAGUAAGAUGCAGGAUUCAGAACUGCAGAUACUAAUCCAAGGAAUGGAGAGCCCAUGCUGUGAACUCCAAAGCCUCCUACUGGCUAGCUGUAGACUCUCAGAGGUCAGCUGUGGAGCUUUGGCCUCUGUCUUACAGACCAACCGCUGUCUGACUGAGCUGGACUUGAGUUACAACGACAGCCUACAGGACUCUGGAGUCGCAUUACUGUCUGCUGGACUAGCAGGUUCCUCUAAACUGGAAACUCUCAAAUUGAGAAACUGCGGGUUGACAGAGAUCAGCUGUGCUUCUUUGGAUCCUGCUCUGAAGUCUUCCCUCCUGAAACAUCUGGACCUGAGUCAGAACAGUGUGAAGGAUGCAGGAGUCCUGCAUCUCUGUGUUUCCCUGGAGGAUCCUGGCUGCAGCCUGCAGAGCCUGAGUUUGCAUGACUGCGGCCUGACAGAAAGCUGCUGCUCACCGCUGUCCUCCGCUCUGAAAGGCCCAACCUCCAGCCUCAAACAUCUGGACCUCAGCUACAACGAUCUGCAGGACUCAGGGGUCCGGCAGCUCAGUCCUGGACUCGGGAGUCCAAACUGCAGACUGGAAAAUCUGAGCUUGAGCUGUUGUCAGCUCACCGAUCAAAGCUGUGCGUCUCUGGCCGCUGCUCUGAGCUCCGCUCCUUCCAGUCUGCUACAACUGGACCUGAGUCACAACAAGCUGAAGGAUUCUGGACUGAAGCUCCUGGCUUCCUGGUUUAAGGCUCCAAACUGUGGCCUGCAGGUCCUCAGGCUGAACGGCUGUCAGUCCACUGAGGACGGACGCGCUGCCUGCUCUCCCAGCGGUCCGACCCGAGUCCACUGGUUCUGAGUCCUCCAACCAGCAGGAUGUCGGCUAACGAAGGAGAAAUGUUCUGUUUUUUCUAUGUCUGCUUCUGUCUCCUUGAACCCCAGUGGGCCUCAGCAGAUG